GAUAUUUUGAUGUGGCAUUUGCCACAAUGCAGGGUAACACAAGGUCGACCCGCCGAAGUUUUUAUCAAUUUUCCCGUUUGAGCUGCGCAGUCGCCGAUGCUAUAUAAAUUUUGACAAAAGAAAGACUUCGGUUUAAACCAAUUUUGGCAAUGCGCGCGGCCAUUAAGUGACAGCGCGAGAUCAGAGCAGUAGCAGCACCAGAAAUCGAGAUCGAGCCAAGCAAACGACACCGACAGCUGAUACCCAGGCGCAGUCGUGGAUACCGUGAUGCCACCGAAGGUGUUUCCAGCUUUGCGGCUGGCGCUGUUGCUGCCGGCGAUGGCGGCGAUGGCGUCGGCCUUUGGCAACGAAUAUGUGCACAUCAAGGUGCAUGUGCCCAAGGAUCAGGCGCCGAGCAUUGCCAUCGAUGCGGAGCAGCCGACGCAGCACAAGGUCAUCCAUCACUAUCACCAUCAUGCGGCGCCGCAUCUGAGAUUGCGCGCACGCCCACCAUCAAAGCCCAAGACCAGCCCGCUGCUGGAGAGCGUCAUCUUGUCCGAUCUUGACAAGCCGCUGCACAUGAGCGAGCAUGCGGACUAUCUGAACCAUGCAAAGGAGCUGGCCGAGCAGCUCAGCGAAACAUAUGUGAUUAAGAAGCCGCCGCCGCCGCCGCCGCCGCCGCUGCCGCCAAAGAAGAAAGUGAACACCUACACGAUCAUCGAGGAGAAGCACCGGCCGCACAGUUACGAGUACGAGUCGCGGCCAGAGCACGGACACGUGGACACGUAUCGGUUGCAGCAUCAUCAUCACAAGCACCAGCAUCAUCAGUACGCCGAGGACGACACUGAUGACGAUGUGGGCUAUCACUAUCCCGGCCCAGUGCACCAGCAUCGCCAUAAAGGCUCCGCCACAUUGUACCAUGGCGGCGGCUAUGCGGAGCCAGCGCCGGUGGAGGAGCCCAUGGAUUUGGAUCUGGGCUAUGGCUAUUCGCCGCCCGCCUAUGCACACGGCCGACCGCCUGCCCAUACGCUGGAGGCGCCCGAAGAGUCAUCUCUGGACAGCCCGCAUCCAUAUGACUUUGGCAGCAGAAGCGCCACCAGCAGCAGCAGCACCAGCAGCAGCAGCUUCCGGCCAUCCCAGCAGCUGAGCACACAGCCAGAUGCCUACGAAGACGAGAUUGAUUCGUAUGCCGCGCCGAUCCAGUCCCGUCGUCGUCGUCCCGGCCCCGUCGACUGGCCCAGCCAACGCGGAUAUAUUAGCGCUGCCGCCGAGGAUAGCUAUAAUGCCGGACACGGCAGCGCCGGGUAUCAGUAUAGCGGGCCCUAUCUGUAGUCGUAAUACUUUAUAUCUUGCUUUAAGGUCUAUUUAUUGGAUUUAGCUUUUUUUUUCCAUAGUCUAAGUCGAUUAAAACUGAAAGCUCCGCAAAA